UAGAGGUGACCCUCCGUCCAGUCCGAACAGGGAGAGCGGUCUUUGCACACAUAACAAGGUCGUCGAACGCUGUCGAAAUGGCCGAACCAAUCCGUGUUCUGGUGACUGGCGCUGCUGGACAGAUUGCCUAUUCUCUGCUGUACAGCAUUGCCAAGGGAGAUGUCUUUGGGAAGGACCAGCCAAUCAUCUUGGUCCUGCUGGACAUCCCGCCCAUGUUGCCAGUGCUGGAAGGGGUAGUUAUGGAGCUGCAGGACUGUGCUCUCCCGCUGCUGAGAGAGGUCAUCCCCACCGACAAGGUGGAGGUGGGCUUCAAGGACCUGGAUGCUGCCAUCUUGGUGGGCUCCAUGCCUAGAAAGGAGGGCAUGGAGAGGAAGGACCUCCUCAAGGCCAACGUCGCCAUCUUUAAGACCCAGGGAACUGCCUUGGACAAGUACGCCAAGAAAACCGUCAAGGUCCUGGUGGUGGGAAACCCCGCAAACACCAAUUGCCUCAUCGCAUCCAAGUCCGCUCCCUCCAUUCCUAAGGAGAACUUCUCCUGUCUGACCAGACUGGACCACAACAGAGCUUCCUCCCAAGUGGCAAUGCGUUGCGCAGUGUCUGCUGAGCAUGUGAAGAACGUCAUCAUCUGGGGUAACCACUCCUCCACCCAGUACCCCGACGUCCACCACGCGAAGGUCAAGGUUCACGGCAAUGAGAUGAAGGCUUUCGACGCAGUCAAGGAUGAGGCCUGGCUCAAAGGAGAUUUCAUCUCAACUGUUCAGCAGCGUGGUGCUGCUGUCAUCAAGGCCAGGAAGUUGUCCAGCGCCAUGUCUGCCGCUAAGGCCAUCUGUGACCACAUGAGAGACAUCUGGUUUGGCACCAAAGAGGGAGAGUUCAUCUCCAUGGGUGUGUAUGCUGGCGGCAACUCCUAUGGAAUCCCAGAGGACCUCAUCUACUCAUUCCCGGUUCAAAUCAAGAACAAGACCUGGAAAGUGUUUGAUGGCCUUCCCAUCAAUGACUUCUCCCGGGCCAAGAUGGACGCCACAGCCGCCGAGCUGGUGGAGGAGAGAGACACCGCUCUGGCCUUCCUGUCCCAGUGACUGUUGACAUCUACUGGCUCACAGCAACAGCUCUUAGAUCCCCAAAAUGCUCCCAGCUCACGGCUGUGAGGACAUCCCUCCACUCUGAACGUCCUAUUGGCGUUUUAACUUCUCUUUGUGUGUAUAUGUAUGUAUGUUUGUUUGUUUGUGUGUGUGUGUGUGUGUGUGUGUGUGUG